AUGACUACCAAUAGAUAUUUGAAUGGAAACUCGAAAGGACAUGCUACUUCAAGCUUCCCUUUGAGGAUUUCUAUAAUAGGGGCAGGGAUCGGAGGAUUGACAGCAGCGAUUGCGUUGCGCAAGCAAGGGCAUCAUGUGCAGAUAUUUGAGCAGUCAGCGUUCACCCACGAAGCCGGAGCUGCUAUACAUCUCGCUCCGAAUGCGAAUGGUAUUCUUCGGCGCCUUGGAAUCUUUGCGGAAGAAUUCGGCGCGAACGAGAUGGAGAGGUUGACUGAGUACACGGCAUCUGCUGAGCUUACGCGAACCUUAGACCUUCGAGAGCCCAACAAGCAGUGGCAACAUCCAUGGCUUCUUGCUCACCGAAUAGAUUUGCACGAUAGCCUCAAGAAAGCUGCAGAAGAUCCCAAGGCAAAUGGAUUGUAUCAAUUACAUACUUCUAGUAAAGUCAUCUCCUUAGAUCCAAACACCGCUACUGUCACACUCGAGAACGGCUCCACGAUAGAAUGCGAUUUAGUCGUUGCAGCCGACGGAGUUCACUCAGUUGGCAGAUUGUUCGUCCCAGGCGGCAAUGUCAAGCCCUUCAGCAGUGGCAAGAGUGCUUUUCGCUUCCUCGUACCUCGUGAAAAGGCAGCCGAAGACGCAAUGACUAGGGAAUUUGUCAAGAAUCCUGGAGACUUGAUCAUCUGGUACGGCAGCGACCGUCGUAUCGUCAUGUACCCCACCUCCAACAAUUCCAUGUUGAAUUUCGUCUGCAUUCACCCAGAAAUAGAAACAGCAGAUGCAUCUGGCAAGGGAUGGAACCAAACCGGCCAUCUCGAAAAGCUGCUUCAUGUAUACAAGUCUUUCAGUCCAGCAGUUUUGAAGCUUCUUGGCAAAGCAGAUCCUCAGACCAUAAAAAUCUGGACGCUGCUGGAUAUGGAAGUGAUACCUACCUGGACGAACCAACGUCUAGGGCUUCUUGGAGACUCUGCACACCCAUUCUUGCCGCACCAAGGUCAAGGAGCAGGCGUUGCUAUUGAAGAUGCUGCAUCUCUUGCAGCCGUUCUUCCUGCCGGGACGCGACCCGAAGAAGUACCGGAGAGGCUGAAGCUUUAUGAGAACAUUCGGAAAGUAAGAGCCGAUCGAAUUCAACAACAUAGUCGCAUCGCAGGGAAAGACCUUGAUGAGAAGAAAGAUAGUGACAUGUACGGAUUCACAAAUUACAAUUUCGGACACGACGAGUGGGACAAUUCUACCCAGAAAUUCCGCGAAUGGCAGUGGAGCCGCAUGGCCAAGCCAUACUGGCGCAUGCCCAUUGCAUUCGGGCCCAUGCCCGGACCACGGCAAACACACUUGGGAGUUCCUCGAGACGGCAACAACUCCACAUUUACAACCGCUUCGAUCAAAUUCAAGACAUCACGUACUGUCUUGCAAAACCUGUUUCCCCCCGGUCGCCCAGGUUGGAGUUUUAAGUCUCCCGGUACAGUAGCAUAUGCCUCAUUCUCACAAACGACUCUGAAUGGAAUGGAGUGGCUCGGAGGCUCUGGAUACAAACAUAUCGGCCUGUAUGUUCAUGGAGUCGAGUAUGUCAAAAAGGAUGGGACUGUUCUUCGUGGCUCAUAUCUUCCCAUCCUCUUUGAAUCACUUACGGACCCUAUUGUUUCCGGACGAGAGGAGCUUGGUAUGCCAAAGCUGUACACUUCAGUUGAUGUUUAUCGUCGUUCGACCUCUUAUCGCAUACGUACUGGCUGGGAGGGUAGCUUUUGGGGCGAUUUCCUCCUUGAAGGACUGACAGAAAUUGAACCUGCGACUGAGAUGGGCUCUAUAAGUGGUGAAGCAGACGACGGUAUCUUAGCAUACAGGUAUAUGCCCAAGGUGGGCUACGAGAACAAGAGUAUUGCAGCGGAUGAACAUGUUGUGUGGGAUUCAUUCAGCGCAGCCACAACUACACCAAAGCCAAACAGACUUUUCAAGGCAACCAAAGCCAAGUUCAGCAUCGAUCCGCUGAAUUGGGAACAGUUGCCAACUUUACAUCACGUCAUCUCAAGACUAGCUGAACUGCCAGUCUACGAAGUUGUAGACGCUAAAGUAGUGGAAGGCUUAGGUGUACCUGAUGUUUCAACUGCGAGGCCGGUACUAUAG